CACGGCUGCGCGCGCAAAGCUCCUGCGAACGCUAACAAAAACAGCAGGCGCGCGCUCGUGGCGCGUUAAACCUGGGCUCCGAGCGGCUGUUUUCAUUCGCGCGUCGAUCCGUGCGCGUUGCUCUUGAUUAGUGUAUAUCACUUUAGCUCCUCGGCUAGCGGAGGCGUUGCUAAGAUACUGCCACAUAGCCAGAGAGAGAGAGAGAGAGAGAGACACGCACGCACGCACGCACGCACACACACACACACACACACACACACACACACACACAGACAGGCGCUACACAAACACACCCAGGUUUCUGAGUAAAUCGCAUCAUCCAGAGCAGAGGUGGUCUGCGCGUGCUGGACGAAUGUUUGACACCUUUCAAUCAUUAGGGUCACGUGUGCAGUGCCACAUCAGCGCGCUCCGGGGCUCGGUCCCGCUUCCGGCGCUUUGAGCGGCUCCGGUUCCGCCUCUCUUCUUCUGGAUCCGGUUCUGGGGCACGAAGCGGGAAGAUUCCGAUUGCAUUAUCGAGACGCGCGCCUCCUCUUUGGCAAAUAGACGCCGUCAGAAUUGUGACUGACGGAGGGGGAGGAUGGCGAGGAAGAGCGGUUAUAAAGAUGUGUCAGGAGUGGUGUUCGACACGCACUCAAAAAUGGUCAUGUCUCAAGGAGGAACGUUCGAGAAGAUGAAGGAAAAGAUAAACGCCGUGCGAGCCGUGGUUCCCAACAAGAGCAAUAACGAGAUCGUUCUGGUGCUGCAGCACUUUGAGAACUGCGUGGAUCGAGCCGUGCAGGCAUUCGUGGAAGGUGGGGCUGUGGAGAUCCUGAAGGAGUGGAAUGUCACUGGGAAAAAGAAGCCCAAGAAGAAAAAGAAGCCUAAAGCUCAAAGUGAUGCUCCUACAGAUGCUGCUCGAGCAGAAGCGGCUCCAAACGCAGAGAGUCAGGAGCCUGUUAAUGGUUUCCAUGCCAACGGUUCCGCGGCGGCUGAUGGUGAUUCGCUGGAUUCUCUGAGCGAGCAGCUAGACUCCGCCUCUCUAGAUGCGGCAGAGCUGGACUCGGAGACCGCUGCCCCGGAGGUGUUGGAAGCCACAGGUGGAGGUGUGCAGUCCAUGUCAAGCCCCGCCCUUCAGCCCAGCACCAAUCACGGACCACGACAGAACCAACACAGAACCGGUAACAAGUCUCAAACCAGGCCUGUUUCCAGCUCCUACAAUCCCUCAGUGCAUGCUCCACCCGACGACAUCCUGCGAGGUCCUGCCGGCAGAAAGAUCGGGCCAAACGUUGAUCGCUCUGUGAAGGACUUGCAGCGAUGUGCAGCAUCACUAUCCCGCUACAGAGUCGUGGUGAGAGACGAGAUGGACUCCUCCAUCAAGAGGAUGAAGCAGACGUUUGCUGAGCUGCAGAGCUGUCUCAUGGAUCGAGAGGUGGCGCUGCUCGCUGAGAUGGACAAGGUCAAAGCAGAAGCCUUGGCGAUUCUGGAUGGCCGUCAGAAGAGAGCAGAAGAGCUGAAGAGACUGGCUGACCAAUCAGCAUCACUGACAGAGGAGCAGCUUGCUGAACUACGAGCUGACAUCAAGCACUUUGUUAGUGAGCGCAAGUAUGAUGAGGAUCUGGGUAAAGCUGUGAAGUUCUCCCAUGAUCUGGAGCCUCUGAAGUGCAGCAUCAUGUCGUUCGGGUCAGUGUAUCAUCCUCAGACGGGCUACUCCAGCCGUUCUCGUUGUAGCUCCACCUCUUCUUCUGUCACUGGCUCUGCCCCUGCCAAAGCCCCGCCUCCCCCUGAGGUCCAGCACCAGGCCUCAGCUUACACAGGCCGCCCCAGCGUGCCCCACAAACAGAUUUUCCAGGGCAACAGGCGUAUCAUUCACGGCUACCAGGGCACUCAGCGAUAUAACGGAAACGCACACCCCGAGCGAAACCCGGGCCGAAGUGGCUACCGUUAUCAAAGCGACCUUGACUCCCAGCCAACCAAUAGUGCGAGAGGCUCCUCCCACUCCUCAGGCUACCGCUCGGAUCGACCCGCCCACAACGGGCUUCCACAGAGGCAGCCGCGGACGCACGGCCCAUGACACACACGCGCACACACACACACACAGCUGUCCGAUGAAGAGAAAGUCAAGUUUACAUCUGUCGAGCUGCUCUUCACUCUUCUGUCUUCUCUUCUGUCACAUUAGCGUUCAGUGUUAGUCUCAGUAGUUCCUGUGGUGAGUGUUUGCUCGUGGGCUUCCUCCUUUCAGACGGUCAAGCGCUUCUCGGAUGAUCAACACUAAGGCAGAGUCGCAGAGUCUUCACGAUAUACCUCACACUCUCAUUUCACGCUGCGCUCGCCGUCAGCCUCCUCAGAAAGCAUGUGUUUUGACCACGAGAGCUCUUCUGUCUGGAUCGGGAUGCGUGUCUCUCUUUAGCUUCACGUCGCUCCUCUCAGCUCAAUCCUGUAUAUAUGUAAACUAUAUGUAUAAUGUUUUGUAGCCUCCGGCCAUGUAUGUAGUGCGAUUUAUUAGUUCUAUUAUUGAACUCUGUUAUCAAGCAACAUCUGUUCUUCCUCACAAAUGGAGAGAGAGAGAGGGACUGGUUUGUUUUUUUUCCCCAAAUGAUCUGAGACCGCUGUAAUCAAGUGCCUUCAGUCAUGCGCUUUGACCGUCUUGUUCCUUCUGCUCCGGUUUGGACCAAAGACAUCAAAUACCGUCGCCUGCUCCUGCACUAGCAAACACUCAUUGUCUUUCUCGCUAAUUGGCCGACAUGCUUUUCCUUUAUUAUAAAUAAAGAAGGAUUGGUAGCAAAUGCUGAAA